AAAGACACUGAGGGUAUCUUAGUAAAUGAACACGGUUUAAAUUGUACUCCACUGUAUCUAAAUUAAUCCUCUCAAUUCAACCAAAUCCUCAGCAUCAUCGAUUCCAAGCAUGGGAAACAAGCCUGUGGCUGCAAAGCAAGAAAAAGAGGAGAUUCUUUUGAAAAUCGUUCCUCCGGUGGACUGUGCUUAUGUUCGCUGGCUUGCUCGUGAUCUGGAGAUGAUUCAUGGAUAUGUCCCGAGAAAUUGCACUGCUUUGAAGCCGCCGGAUCAUUAUAUUGAAAUCAUGCGCUUGAAUGGAUGGUUAGAUGUGGCGUUGGAUGAUCCUGAUCUGGCUCAUUUGUUCAAGUGACUUGCCUCUUUCCCUGUAACUUGACUUGUGGCUGUGUCUAGUCUAAAAGUUUCUCACAUGACGUAAGUAGUGAGCUUCUGUUCAUCUAAAACAAUGACUUGUUUGAAGAUGACUCUGUCAUCCAACUUCACCUCCUAUGCCAUGAAGCGCUUUGUAUUCUUGACAACAACUUGUUUGAAUUGAGAUUAUCAUAAUAUCUACCCAUAAAUAGUUACAUUUAGAA